AUUGGGGGGUUGUUCUCAUGCACGAGUUUAAUGCCACGUUCUCCUCUCUGCAAUGGACAGACAAGUGAUAUAUGCUGAUUUGAAAGUAUCCAGAGAUUCCAGCCCUAAAAGUUCAUCACCCUCUUCUCUUCCUCGGGACGUCUGUCAGGGUCCACCUUGGCAUCAAUUUGCUCUGAAACUUGGCUGUGCUGGGGUUAUUCUUCUUGUCUUGAGUGUGAUUGGGUUGACUGUUUCAGUGAUAUCAUUAAUACAAAAAUCAUCAAUAGAAAGAUGCAGCAUGGAUGUUCAACAGAACAGAAACGAAACAACAGAAAGUCCAAGUCCAUUAGAGUGCCUGGAACCCUGGCAAUCACUCCAAGAUAAAUACUUGUUUUUUUCUACCAUUUUAAAGCCUUGGAAUAGCAGUCUAGUUGAUUGUUCCACAAAAAAAUCCAGUUUACUUCUUAUUCAAGAUCAAGAGGAAUUGAGACACAUACAGGAGCUGAUAAAAUAUGAAGGAAAUUCAUUUUGGAUUGGAUUAAAUUUUACAUUACCAAAGAAGAAGUGGAAGUGGAUAAAUGGUUCUUUUCUAAAUCCUACAACAUUAAAAAUUUCAGGUGAUGCUAAAGAAAAUAGUUGUGUUUACAUCACAAAAACAAGUGUUUUUUCUGAAGACUGUUCUGUGGAACAUAAAUGGAUCUGCCAAAAAGGAUAAAAACCUGUUAUACAAAAAGUACAUCCUACGACUUGACCAUGAAUUCCAUCUCAAUUUCUUUACUUUUAGCUGCACACACUGUGGAUACUGCCCAAUGUACAUUUAGUGGCACAAGCAAACAAAGGCCAAGAAUUCUGUAACUGUUGUGAAUCUCACAAAAGUUUGUGUCGAAUUAAUUUAUUUCAUAAUUGAAGAAACAGACAAAUAGAUAAAACAUAUAAUUUUAAGAAAUACUGUUGUUCUAUGGAAGGGAGCCCAGACCAGUCAAGAGGCAUUGGAUUCUAGCCCUGGUGUACAUGCGUGGCUUUCACUGAUCCUCUUUGUCUCCGCUCAUCUCCAGAAAAGCUGUAGGGACUGGUUUCUGUCUAUCAGUCUAUCAUUUUUUAUACUACCACACAAUGGAGUUGUGACAGAACAUUGAUUCAAGUCUAUUCUCUUAGCUGUGAGCAAUGGCAGUAUUACAGCCAGUGAGAUUUAUCCGAGGUGUAAUUACUGCUAAUUGAAAACUUUUUCCGAUACCCUACCAUGAUGACUUGAAAUAUAGUCAGCAUUGGCAAUUUUUGACAGUCUCUACAGAGACGGAAUUGUUAAAAAAAGUUCAUUCUCUUAACUCUGAUACUAGAGAGUCAUAACUAAAGUAGUUUGGGAAGGGACUUUACUCUUCCCACCACUCCACAGUGCUUCCAAUUUUAAUUUUCUCAUUUCCUCAUCUUCACCCACGUCUCCUUCUUUUAUGGCUCAUGUACAAGUUGUAAGAAAUACUUCAUUAGAUCUUUCCUUAUUCUAACAGAAAGUAAGUGAUAUCUUUUUAACUCUGCAGUUAGGGAAACUAUUUUAAAAAAAGCAGAAGUGUUUAUUCUGACAAGAUAUUUUGAGUGUUCACUUUUCUAAAAAUCAUGUCGAACUUUCCAUUUAUUUCCAAAUAAAUGAUAAUAAAUUUAUAAAUUUUCUAUUUAUUUCCAAAUAAAUGAUAAUGUUGAAAAAUAAAUGAUAAUGUUGAAUUUACCUUAUAAGAAGACUCAUAAUAAAACUUUGAAAAAUUAGAUGUGUAUUUACCCUAAUGAUUCAAAGCCAAAUUGAAUUAUAUAAAUUCAAGUACAUACUCUAAUGAUCAAGCUAACGUCUCAAUUCCUGUUUCUUAUGCAUAGAAAUUGAUAAUAUGUGUCAAUGGCAUAUUGUGAAUACACCAAAAAUCAAAAUAUAAUUCAUUCUGUGGCAACAACUUGCUCUAUAGACACCCACAUGUCUACAGAUGCACACGGGCCCACACACACACAAAUAAAAAGGGUGAUGAUGGAUGUGUUAAUUAAUUUGUGCUAAUGA